GGAAAGAUAAGCUCUCCCAAGUCCAAACUCAGAAGAUCCAACCAGCCAUGGCAGCUAUCACUUGAUUGAUUGAGCCAUCCUCUCCCCCAAAAUCCCAAAACAACUAACUCUCAAUUUUAUCUCUUUCUCCUUUCCUUCUCAAAUGGCUGCAAUCGCUUCUCUUUCCUUUCCGGCGUUGGGUCAAUCGGACAAGAUUUCCAAUUUCGCGCCUUGUCGUCCUCUCGCCUCCGUCUCCGCCUCCGCCAUCUGCAGGAGGUUUUCUCGCCACUCGUUGAGUUUUUCUAGGGCUUCCACUUCUUCUUCGAGAUCUAUUAUCCACUGCAUGUCCAGUGUUACCGAAGAUGUACCUCCGGUAUCCGAGACAAAGUCAAAUUUCCUAAAAGCCUACAAGCGACCCAUCCCCAGUAUCUACAACACGGUUUUGCAGGAGCUCAUUGUACAGCAGCAUUUGAUGAGGUACAAGAGGACUUACCGUUACGAUCCUGUCUUUGCCCUUGGCUUUGUCACUGUAUAUGAUCAGCUCAUGGACGGAUAUCCUAGCGACCAGGAUCGAGAUGCCAUUUUUAAAGCUUACGUUGAAGCUUUGAAUGAGGAUCCUAAACAAUACCGAAUUGAUGCGCAGAAGAUGGAGGAAUGGGCCCGAAGUCAGACUUCUGCUUCAUUAGUUGACUUUUCCUCUAGGGACGGAGAAGUUGAAGCAAUCCUUAAGGACAUUGCAGCAAGAGCUGGUAGUAAAGAGGGCUUCAGUUACAGCAGGUUCUUCGCAGUUGGCCUCUUUCGUUUGCUUGAGCUUGCAAGUGCAACUGAUCCAACUGUCUUGGACAAGCUUUGUGCAUCCCUAAAUAUCAACAAGAAAAGCGUGGAUCGGGACCUCGAUGUGUAUCGUAACCUGCUGUCAAAGCUAGUCCAAGCCAAGGAAUUACUCAAGGAGUAUGUCGAGAGGGAGAAGAAGAAGCAGGGGGAAAGAGCCGCCGAAUCCCAGAAAGCUAACGAAACAAUCUCCAAGUGUCUCGGGGUAGAUACCCUAUAUUAUCCAUCUUUCUUGGUUGAACGGAAAUACUAAACAAUCAAUUGUGCUUUUUAUUAUUUUUCUUGUUCUUUAACAGAACUACCUGGCCCAAGAUAUAUAGAUAUAUGUAUUUAUAUAUAUGUGCUCAUUUCUAAGAACAUUUCAGACAAAUGCGUAAAGUUUGCUCCGGUCCUUACAUGGACAAGGAUCUUUCUCUCU